AUGCUAACCCAUAUAGAUUAUGAACAUUUUUUAGAAUGGGUUUAUACUGGCAAUAUGACAUUUGCACGAGCUGUCCACACAGCAUCCAUAUUAGCCGAUGGAAAAGUGGUAGUAGCUGGUGGAUGUUGUAAUGGUGCGGAGAAUAGAGCUGAGUUAUAUGAUCCGUCUACGGGCAGUUGGACUACGACGGGCAAUUUAACUCAUGGACGACAAUUACACACAGCAUCUAUAUUAGCCAAUGGAAAGGUAUUAGUUGUUGGCGGAGAGGGUGGCGAAGGUGUUUCAAGUAGCGCUGAAUUAUAUGAUCCAUCAACGGGUGGUUGGGAUACUACUGGCAAUACGAUAUAUCCACGAUGGAUGCACCAAGCAUCUGUAUUAACAAAUGGAAAAGUAUUAGUUACUGGCGGAGUAGUGGAUGAGGGUGUAUUUCAAAAGGCUACUGAGUUAUAUGAUCCAUCAACAGGCAGUUGGACUCAUAUUGGCGACUUAAGAUAUGAAAGAAACUGGCUUACAGCAUCUGUGUUAACCAAUGGAAAAGUAUUAGUUACUGGUGGAUACAAUUAUCAAGAUGGAUAUGUAAGUGUUACUGAGUUAUAUGAUCCUUCAACAGAUAGUUGGACUACUACUGGUAACUUAACUAACGUACGAACGUAUCAUACAGCAUGCGUCUUCAACGAUGGAAAAGUGUUAAUUACUGGUGGACUUAAUGGCGAUGUUGGACUUCUGACUAGUACUGAGCUAUAUGAUCCAUCAACAGGUAGUUGGACCACUACUGGCAACUUGAAUGUUCCACGAAUGUUUUCCACAGCAUCCUUAUUAACCGAUGGAAAAAUCUUAGUUAUUGGAGGAGAGGUGUAUGAGAGUACAACUCUAAAUUCUGCUGAAUUAUAUGAUCCAUCGACAGGUAGCUGGACUCUCAUUGACAGCUUAAAUAGUGCACGAUUGUUUCACACAUCAUCCAUAUUAACCAAUGGAAAAGUACUAGUUACUGGCGGAUAUAAUGUCUAUUAUCAAAGCACUGCUGAGUUGUAUGAUCCGUCAAUGUGA